AACCUAAAAUCUGAUACGAUCACGCUGACCAUCAAGGUUUUUGGUCCCGCUGAAUCAAUCGGAAAAUUUCCUCAAAUUUGUCCAACAAAAUUAACAAGAGACCAGUUGUCGUUUUACAAGUUUUACUGUACUUGUGACUUAAGUAGUUGAUUCAUACUGUCUGUUCUUGUGAGUUGUGAUUCAAGUAGUUGAUUUCUGUUUUGUCUUGCCAGGAAGAACUCAAAAAUGAGAUCAAUCGUAUCAACAUCAAAACACAUACACCUCCUCAACCCCAAAACCCCACCCCUAAAACCCUCAUUCCUCCGCCGCAUCUCCACCGCCCCACCGCCACCCCAACCGAUCACAACCCAAGUCCUCACUCUUCUCCAAAAUGACUACACUACCCCAAUUAACACACCCCACCUCCUCUCUCUCCUCCCCUCUCUCUCCCCACCUUGUUAUCUCUCUCUCACCCGUCAACUCGGCUCCACCGGCGCCGCCCUCAAGUUCCUCACCUUCCUCCGGGCCCACUCACCGGACCCACCUUCCAUUUCCCUCACUUUCCAGGCCCUUCUUGAGCUCGCUACUCAUUCGGGUUCUUCACGCUUGCCGCAAUCAGAUAUUGCUGAGAAGCUUAAAGAGCUUUUUAAGUUGUGCAGAGAGUGUGAUAUUAAGCUUACGAAGGAGUCGGGUACUUUGCUUGUUGGGUUCUUUAGUCGGGUGAGAAUGGUUGAUGAGAUGUUGGAUGUGUAUAAUUACAUUGGUGUGGAGUCGAGGAGUAGUGAUUUGGGUGAUGUGGUGGUGGAUUGGCUGAUGAGGGGCGGGCGGUUUGAUGAUGCGUUGAAGGUGUUUGAUGGAAUGCUUGAGGCAAAUGGGAAGGGUGGGGUGGAGAGGACGACGGUGCAUUUGGUGUUUCGGGAGUUGAUGAGGCGGGAUUCGAAGUUUAAGAAUGUUAAGGAUGAGGGGAUUGCGGAGUUGGUUUUGAAAUGUGCGAAGAUUGGUGUUUUUAUUAAAGGGGAAUGGCUUUGUAAUUUGGUUAUUGGGUUGUGUAGGAAGGGGAAUUUGAGUAAGGCGUGGAGUUUGUUGCAUGACUUGAUGGAUUUAGGUUGUCUGGAUAUUGUUAGUUCUUGUAAUGCGCUUUUGACAUCGUUGGAGAGAGUGAAGGAUUUUAAGAGGAUGAAUUUGCUUUUGCAGCAGAUGAAGGAUAAGGGGAUUCAGCCUGAUGUUGUCACGUUUGGGAUUCUUACUAAGCAUUUGUGCAAGUUCCAUAGGGUAGAUGAGGCGUUAGAUGUGUAUCAGAAAAUGGUUGAUGGUAGCGAAGGGAUUUUAGUAAGACCAGAUGUUGUUCUGCAUAAUACUUUGAUUUCUGGGCUAUGCAAAGUGGGGAGGCAAGAAGAAGGUUUGGAAAUGGUGGAACAGAUGAAAGUGAAACACGGAUGCAUGCCUAAUACAUCAACAUUUAAUAGUUUAAUUGACGGGUUUUGCAAAGCUGGAGAACUUGAUAGAGCCAAUGAGAUAUUUGAUCUAAUGAACAAGGAAGGGAUUUUGCCAAAUAUCAUUACUGUUAACACUUUGGUGGAUGGUUUCUGUAAGCAUGGGAGGGUCCAUACGGGAAUCAAAUUUUUCAGACAAAUGCAGGGGAAAGGUUUGAAGGGGAAUGUGAAUACUUAUACUAGUUUGAUUAAUGCUUUCUACAAGUCAAACAAUAUUGAAAAGUCUGCAGAAUUGUUUGAUGAGAUGUUAGACGCAGGCUGUACUCCAGAUGCGAAAGUUUAUUACACCAUGAUCUCAGGUCUGACAAAUGCUGGGAGGUUGGAUGAUGCUAGCUUUAUUGUAUCGAAGAUGAAGAAAGCUGGAUUCCAGUUAGAUACUGUGGCUUACAAUGUUUUAAUUGGAGGGUUCUGCCGAAGAAAAAGAUUUGAUAAAGCUGUUGAGCUACUUGCGGAUAUGGAAGACCAUGAUGUUAAACCUGAUAAUGUUACAUAUAACACUUUGAUUUCAUACUUCAGUGAGAGUGGGGAUUUCAAGACUGCUCGUAGAGUAAUGAAGAAGAUGGUUCAUGAUGGUCUUGUGCCCACUGUUAUAACCUAUGGUGCACUAAUUCAUGCAUAUUGCUUGGCAGGCUAUCUUGAUGAAGCAUUAACAUUAUUUGAUAACAUGUGCUCUACUUCAAGUAUUCCACCUAACAAUGUUAUAUAUAAUAUACUGAUCAACUCUCUUUGCAAAAAAGGCGAAGUAGACAAAGCACUUUCGUUAAUGAAUGAUAUGAAAAUCAAAGGUGUUAGACCAAAUACUAACACAUUCAAUGCCAUGUUCAAAGGCCUUCAUGACAAAAAUUGGCUGGAUGAAGCACUUAAGCUUAUGGAUCAAAUGACGCAACAGGCUUGCAAUCCUGAUUAUAUUACAAUGGAAAUUCUCACAGAUUGGCUUUCUACUGUUGGUCAAACAGAAAAGUUGCAAAACUUUGUCAAAGGAUUCUAGGUUUCUGAUUCAACUUCCAGGCAGGUUAGUUCAGAGUCUUGUUAGCAAAAUGGGAGGAUUGGAGAUGCCAGUCUGCUACUCCUUUCAUAUCGAGGUUCGUUCCACAUUCCAUGAAACAUUUUUUCAUGCCGAUGUUGGUUAUUUCUCAACUGCAUUGUCGAAGUGAGGCUUGGACUAGACAAAUCUGCCAGAUUGCCACACCCGGAGCUGCCGAGAAGGCGAAAACAUGUAAAUCACCUUAAAACAGUGAAUUAUGUGAUCAAGGGGCUCAUUUGGUCUGCUAAGAUCUGUUUCAGCAUACUUAUGGAGAAUCGGAUUUAGGAAGUAGUCCACGAUCCAAUGCCUUUCAUAUCUGAUAGACAUGUCAGAACCGUAUUCAUCCUAGUCUUGGACACAGUUAGGUCGUUGCUAUUGAUAUGAGUAAAUGGUGUCUUUUAGGAAUAUUUUCGACUUUUUGUUAGAGCAAGUUCAAUGGUAAU